GAGCCUCAUUACAAGGCAUAUUUUAAUUUAUUAAACAUCAUUGUAUAUGUUAGAAUGGCCCAGUCAAAGUCUAGAGCUACUGUAAGUUCAGUUGAGGAUGUGUGUCAUUCUAUGAAAACUACAAACCAUUUCCAUCCUAUCUGACUGGGCUUGUGCUAUUUUCACUAUCUACUAAUUCUUCAGCGCCUGCAGGAACAUAUUUUCACUGUAUUUCAGUCUGAGGUUUCAGAAUAAAAGCCCUUGAAGACAAAUGUGUGCAACACUAUUCAUGUCUUUAUUUGUAUUUUUUUUUUCGAAAACCACUUAUUGUUUCACCACUUUCCAAAAUUGCACUAUUUUGUGUUCAGUUUAUUACACAGUUCCAAAUAAAACACACUAAAUACAUGUGAAUGCUCUGCAAGACUCUGUAUGUUUAUGCGUCACCAUGGCGAUGCCUUAUCUGCAUCUGCAGGCGUCUACAAGAAAUGGGUCACAGCUCAUUUCAUUGGGUUGCUGCUUUACAGACGAUGAGGCUUGAAGGAUGAACACUUUCAUUUUGCAUGGAUCCUGAUUGGUCUUCCAGCACCUGCUGGGACGUUUUUCAGGUUUUUUUGGUUGCCAGACAACCAUAAGACGACCUUUGAAAUGUAGCUAGUCUAAACUCAUCCAGUAACACCAGGACAGUGCAUACCAGCAUCUCUUCCAGCAAACGACAAUAACCACCACAAGCUUCUUUUUUUUUCUCCCUUCCUAAUUCAUUGUUCAGUCAUUUCUAAGUGAUACUCUACGCUACAUAGAAACAAGCUUGGACGAAAACACAGUGACAAGAUGGAUAGAAGUACUUUUCUUCCAAAUAUAGCAAACAUGGAGCGAACAAGCAGCAUAAGAAGAAAGACCAUAGCGAGACAACAUAAGACGGAAGUCAUGAUUGCAGGAGAACAACUCAGGUUGAGGCUUCACGACGGAAAGCUGAUCAAGGAUCGGCGGUACCACCUGCGGACAUAUCCGAACUGCUUUGUGGCGCAGGAGCUGAUCGACUGGCUGGUGAGUCACAAGGAGGCUUUGGAUCGAGCGACGGCCGUUUGUCUCAUGCAGCACCUCAUGGACCACGACAUUGUUCAUCACGUCUGUGACAAGAGACCCGAAUUCAAGGACGCCAAACUGCUGUAUCGUUUUCGCAAGGAUGACGGCACAUUUCCCUUCAACACUGAGGUGAAAAUCUUCAUACGAGGGCAAAGGCUGUAUGAAAAUCUCGUCGCCGACAAAAACUCCAUCCUGCAGCUGAGAGAGGAGCACGGGGUUUCGUAUCAGCGCUCAUUUCCGGGCUACCAGCUGAUUGACUGGCUCCUGCAGAACGGGGAGGUGGAGAACCGGCGUCAGGGAGUGGACCUGAGUCGGGCGUUGCAGGAGCAUGGCAUCAUUCAACACGUGACAAAGAAGCAUGACUUCUUCGACAGCGGGCUCCUCUAUCAGUUUUGCAUCAAUUUCCGUCGGCGCCGGCGCCUAUCUGAGCUGCUAAAUGAAAGGGAGCAAGAGAAUGACGGGGCUUCCAUCCAAGAGGAAAACAAUUUCGACAGUCCGUUUUUUCUACGCAAAGACCCCAUCCAAGAGCAUAACAGUGCUUUUCAAUCUAUUGGGCCGAGUAAAGACAUAAAACAGAUCACAGGUGGCCGGAGAUCCAGUCUGAAUUCGCUUCAGCUUCAUUCUGGCGGAUUUCAAACUCUCGGUCAACUCUCUUCAAACUCAGUUGUGAGAUGUAAUCCUAAAUCAGUUUUAAAAAGACAUGUCACAUGUCAGGAGUUACUGGCCCCUGGAGCACCCUUCAUCAAGAAAGUGCUUACGGUGAUCGGUGACGCCCUGGGCUGGGGCAUUGUGGUCAGAGGCAGGGCUCCCUGCUACGUUCAAGCCGUGGAUCCUGGCAGCCCUGCGGCAGCUGCUGGAGUUAAGAUACGGCAGUUUGUGUGCCAGGUGCAUGGCAGGUGUGUUCUUUACCUGGACUACAAGACAGUGACCAGGCUGGUGAUGACUGGACCUCGUGUUGUUGUCCUGGAAGUUAUGGAGCAACUGGAAUGAAAACUACGUCUGAACAACAAUAAUGUUAAUAAAUGUUGAAUAGGAACAAAACAAAUGAUUGUGAAAUAAAAAAAAAAAAAAAAAAAAAAAAAAAAAAACGAGGUUAUGAGUACAAAUACCUUGCUGUUCACCUGAACAACAGACAGGACUGGAGUGAAGCCUUCUACCAGAACGGACGGGGCAGACUGUACUUCUUACGGAAGCUUAUGUUAUUCGGAGUUUGCAACAAGAUGCCGCAGAUCAUCUGUAAAUCUGUUUGGGACAGUGUAAUAUCUUCUGCCAUUAUCUGUUGACUGGAAAAAGGCUAAAGCCGAACAAAAUAAGGCUGGUUCUGUUCUGGGGACUCCUCUUAAACCUCGAGAGAUAAUUGUGCAAAGGAUUCUUCAUAAAAUAAAAUAAAAACAUUACAACCAU